AUGGCAUUAGGCCUUUCCACCUCGUUAGCGCGCCCAACGUCCUCGUCGGAAUCGUCGGGGUCGUCGCUGGCUCGUAGGCUGGAUAAGGCUGGGACCGACCAGCCUCGUUUCGUACAGUUGAAACGCAAUCGACCUGACUCCAUUCGCGUUCGCAGUAUGGCCAGGAAUAUUGCGAGGACCCCAAAAGAGUACGAGAGAAAGGGCGAGAGAAAGGACGAGGAGAGUGACACUGAAGACGAGAUUGAAAGUGAUGACGAGAGCGACAGUGAAGACGAGAGGGCAAAUGAAGUAGACAUUGCCGGGACGUUGGACACGCCGAUUGCGCUUAAAGGAGGUAAUAUCAAGCAGGAUGUUACCUUUCCAGCGGCCACCGGGAAAUUUGAAGUUGAGUUUCAGGCAAAGACCGCUAGAACCCUCACAGUUAAAGAGAACAAGACACCUGCCGCAGCACCAGCAGGAUUUAAACUGUUAGAGCCUAGCUCCUUUAUCGUCAACCUAGCUGAGGGAGGAAAUGCGUUAACCCUCGGUCAAAUUGACUUUAUUUUCGACAUUACUAGUGCAGCUCUGAAGGGCGUGGAUCUCAAGACAUCUAGAGUCGGGAAAUUGAACGCGGAGACCAACGUCUUUACCGUUGAUGAUUCUCUGGGCGAGGUUGAGUUCGAAAUUGAUGAGAACGAGACCGUGCUUAAGGUACGGGACCUCAGUGGCGAGUUCGGUAUCUUCGUGCCGGAAGCCGCUAAAGGGGGAGACGACGCUGAAGCUGGCCAGGGGGGCGGUGCUGCAAAGGAAGAGGAUGAAAAGGCCGGGCAGAUCGAAGUCACUGGCUUGUUUGGAUCUGUGAAUAAUGUUGAGGCGAAUGUGUUUACAAACCUUAACUUCGCGGCAAAUGCUGCUGGUUCCCUAGAGGUGGAAUACAACGGCACCAGCCCAACCACAAUUCGAGUCGGGCCGGCGCUCGCGUCCGCACCACCUCCCGCAGGGCACAUCUAUGUGGACCCGCUCACUUUCACGAUUUCAAGCUCGGCCGCAGUGCAACCGGGCGAUACCCUCAAGGUAGACUACAUCUUCACCGAGGGUUUGAAGGCCUCGAUCGACCCAUCAAAGGCAGUUGUGGGCAAGUUCGACGCCGCAACGCAGCAGUUUGUGACUACUGGUCUCGGGGAAUUCGAGUUCGAGGAGGAUGAGAACGAGUGGUCGCUGACGGUUACUGAUCUCAAUGGCCAAUGGGCAUACUUCAUCCCCGAAACCGCUGUGCUUUGA